GUCUCCCUGGGGGUGUCUCCCCUUCUUCCUAGGCUUCUCAGACUCCCUGCUAUGAGCUCUACCUCCCUUUCCACCCUGUACUCCGCUGGUCUCCCAAUUCCUUGCUCCCCUAUGCCUGAGCACGGAGAGAGUCUGAUCGGAGACUGAUGAUGUCACCAAACAUUCCACUUUGGAUUGGCCAAACACCGAGCCAGCCCUGUUAAGUUUCCCCAGGAGGUCCAGUUUCUCUGAAGAUGCCUGACUUGCAGAAAUCUGGGCGGCUGGGCCCCCAGCCCUACCCUAUCCCAAAAGAAUGCCAGAGGUCCUGUUGUCUCCAGAAGGUUCCCAACUGGCCACAGGCUAAGAUGCCGGAGCCCAAACCAGCUGCCAAGAAGCCUGCUGCCAAAGCUAAGGAUGUCCCCAAAAAGCCUACCCCUGAGAAGGAGGCUGCGCCUGCCCCACCCAGUGAGUCGCCCCCUGAGGACCAGUCACCCACUGCCGAGGAGCCCACUGGGAUCUUCUUGAAGAAACCAGAUACUGUGUCUGUAGAGGCAGGGAAGGACGUGGUGAUCACAGCCAAGGUGAACGGGAAGGAGCUCCUCGAACAGCCUGUCAUCAGAUGGUUCAAAGGGAAGUGGCUAGAACUGGGCAGCAAGAGUGGUGCCCGAUUCAGCAUCAAGGAGAGCCAUGACCAGCAGAGCAACGUGUACACGGCCGAGCUGCAGAUCAGAAAGGUGGUUGUGGGUGACCGGGGGGAAUACCGGUGCGAGGUGAAGGCCAAGGAUGCCUGUGACAGCUGCAGUUUCAACAUCGAUGUGGAAGUCCCCAGCCAGGACAGCGGUAACAUCCUGGAGAGCUUCAAGCGCUCAGGUGAAGGGAAGCCUGAAAAGGCGGGAGAACUGGACUUCAGCGGUCUUUUAAAGAAAAGGGAGGUGGUGGAAGAGAAGAAGAAGAAAAAGAAGGAUGAUGAUGACCUGGGCCUGCCCCCCGAGGUCUGGGAGCUGCUGAAAGGCGCCAAGAAGAGUGAGUACGAGAGAAUAGCCUUCCAGUAUGGCAUCACCGAUCUGCGCGGGAUGCUCAAGCGCCUGAAGAAGGCCAAGGUCGAGGUCAAGAAGACCUCAGCAUUCACAAUGAAGCUGGACCCGGCUUACCAGGUAGACAAGGGGAGCAAGAUUAAGCUGGUGGUAGAGAUCAGUGACCCUGACCUGCCCCUCAAGUGGUACAAGAAUGGGCAGGAGAUCAAGCACAGCAGCAAGUACGUGUUUGAGAACGUGGGCAAGAAGAGGAUUCUCACCAUCAACAAGUGCACUCUGGACGAUGAUGCCACCUACGAAGCGGCUGUCAAGGAUGAGAAGUGUGUCACAGAGGUCUUUGUCAAAGAGCCCUCAGUCCUUAUUAUCACACCCCUGGAGGACCAGCAGGUCUUUGUGGGUGACCGCGUGGAGAUGAUGGUGGAGGUGUCAGAGGAGGAAGCCCAGCUCAUGUGGAUGAAGGACGGUGUGGAAAUGACCAAGGAGGAUUCCUACAAGGCUCACUACCGCUUCAAGAAAAAUGGGAAGAAACACCUGCUGAUUUUCACGGAGGUCACCCUAGAGGACAGAGGCCGCUACAUGGUCGUGACCAAUGGUGGCCAGUGUGAGGCAGAUCUCAUUGUGGAGGAGAAGCAGCUGGAAGUGCUUCAGGGCAUUGCAGACCUGACGGUGAAGGCUUCCGAGCAGGCCGUGUUCAAGUGUGAGGUGUCUGAUGAGAAGGUGACCGGAAAGUGGUACAAGAAUGGCAUGGAAGUGCGACCCAGCAAGAGGAUCAGCAUCACCCAUGAUGGCCGAUGCCACAAGCUGGUCAUCAAUGAUGUCCAUCCUGAGGAUGAGGGCGAUUACACAUUUGUGCCGGAUGGCUUUGCCCUGACCUUGUCAGCCAAGCUCAACUUCCUGGAGAUCAAGAUCGAUUGUGUGCCCAAGCAAGAGCCCCCCAAGAUCCACUUGGACUGCUCAGGGAAGACCUCCGAGAACACUAUCAUUGUGGUGGCUGGAAACAAACUCAGGCUAGAUAUGGCCAUCGCAGGAGAGCCUCCUCCCACAGUCACCUGGAUGAAGGGGGAUCAGGUGUUCUCGAACACCGAGGGCCGAGUCCGACUGGAGCGGCGGCCAGACAACAGCAGCUUUGUGAUUGAGGGAGCUGAGCGGGCCGAUGAGGCCAAGUACACCAUCAAGGUCACCAACCCCAUGGGCGAGGACACGGCCUCCGUCUUUAUCAAGGUCGUGGAUGUGCCAGACCCUCCUGAGGCUGUGUGGAUCACGUCAGUGGGGGAGGACUGGGCCAUCUUGGUCUGGGAGCCCCCCAAGUAUGACGGUGGCCAGCCUGUGACCGGGUACCUCAUAGAGAGGAAGAAGAAGGGCUCUCACCGCUGGAUGAAGCUGAAUUUUGAGGUCUUCACGGAAACGACCUAUGAGUCGACCAACAUGAUUGAGGGCAUCUUGUAUGAGAUGCGUGUCUUUGCUGUCAACGCCAUUGGGGUCUCCCAGCCGAGCAUGAACACCAAGCCCUUCAUGCCCAUUGCUCCCACGAGCAAGCCAACACAUCUAAUAGUGGAAGACGUCACUGAUACUACCACCACACUCAAGUGGCGCCCACCAGACAGGAUUGGGGCCGGGGGCAUCGAUGGCUACAUCGUGGAGUACUGUUUGGAAGGCUCUGAAGACUGGGUUGUGGCCAACGCUGAGCCUGUGGAGCGCUGUGGCUUCACGGUCAAAGACUUGCCCACGGGAGCCAGAAUCCUCUUCCGCGUGGUUGGGGUCAACAUCGCUGGCCGCAGUGAGCCAGCCACCCUCGUCCAGCCGGUCACCAUCCGGGUGAUUGCACAACAACCCAAGAUACGGCUCCCAAGACACCUUCGGCAGACUUACAUUCGCCAGGUUGGGGAGCACCUCAAUCUGGUCAUUCCUUUCCAGGGGAAGCCACGGCCCCAGGUGACAUGGACAAAAGGAGGGGCUCCUGUGGACACAUCCCGAGUCCACAUCCGGACCAGUGACAUGGAUACCGUUUUCUUCGUGCGUCAGGCAGCUCGGUCGGACUCUGGGGAGUAUGAACUUAGCGUGCAAAUAGAGAACAUGAAAGACACGGCCACCAUCCGGAUCCGAGUUGUGGAGAAGGCAGGGUCUCCCCAAAACGUGAUGGUGAAGGAGGUCUGGGGUUCCAACGCCCUGGUGGAGUGGCAGCCCCCCAAGGACAAUGGUAACAGUGAGGUCACCGGCUACUUUGUCCAGAAGGCUGACAAGAAGACCAUGGAGUGGUUCACUGUUUAUGAACACAAUCGACCCACCCAGUGCACGGUGUCUGACCUCAUCAUCGGCAAUGAAUACUAUUUCCGAGUGUUUAGUGAAAACAUCUGUGGGCUCAGUGACUCCCCGGGUGUGUCCAAGAACACAGCCAAGAUCCUCAAAACAGGCAUCACUUUCAAACCUCUGGAGUUUCAGGCACAUGACUUCCGCUCGGCCCCCAAGUUCUUGACCCCACUGCUAGACCGGGUUGUGGUGGCAGGAUACACGGCCGCCCUCUUCUGUGCUGUUCGGGGCUAUCCCAAGCCGAAGGUGGUCUGGAUGAAGAACCAAAUGGAGAUUCACGAAGACCCCAAGUUCAUAAUGACCAACCAGCAGGGGAUCCUGACCCUCAGCAUUCGCCGUCCAAGUCCCUUCGAUGGGGGCACCUACUCCUGCCGAGCGGUCAACGAGCUGGGCGAGGCACUGGCCGAAUGCAGGCUGGAGGUCCGAGUGCCACAGUAAUCCUUCCUGAGGGCAGCCAAUGCCCCUCCUGCCCCACUCAGUCUGCUGAGACCCUGAAGAACCUGCCCCUGUACCCUACUCCAUGGCGACCCCUCUCCCUCCAACUGGCUAUGUCAAACACGAGACUUGACUCUG